ACUAGAUCGUGUAAUCCUAAAUUAGUUACACCCCUGAAUAAGGCAACACAAACAUGUAACCAACCCUAAGCACAGACUCGGUCUCCUAUAUAUACCUACCCAAUCCCUUCAAUUCCUCCCAUUCCUAUUUUCACAGAGAUUUGUGUGCCUUCGGAAGGAAGAAAGAAAGUGUCUUCGGAAGGAAGAAAGCAAGAUUGGUUCGUGAAGCUUCGUGUUGACGGACGGAUUCGUGAAUCGGUUAUUGUUGCGAUUCGGCUUCUGAACGAGAGAUAUUCAUCUUCCUGGUGCGGACCCCUAACCCUAAACACAGAGUCGGUCUCCUAUAUAUACCUACCAUAUACCUACCCAAUUCCUCCAAUUCCUAUUUUCACAGAGAAUUGUGUGCCUUCGAAAGAAAGAAAGAAAAGUGCCUUCGGAAGGAAGAAGGAAAGAUUGGUUCGUGAAGCUUACGGACGGAUUCGUGAGUUGUGAUAUUCAUCUUCGUGCGGAGUUUAUUAGAUUGAAUUCUCUUUAAUCUGUGAAUAUAAUCUUUACUACGCAUUGAUUUCUCACUGAAAGGAUCGGACCUUUCAGUUACGCUUAAUUUGUAAUUCAAACAUUGUAAUUCAAACAUUGUACUCGAUUAUUGAAUUUAUUGGCCUCUAAAUUUUAGGGCAUUGUUUGUUCUUUUUCUCGAAAAAUGCAAAUAAAUAGAGCAGUGUAUUACAAGUUCAAGAGUGCAAAAGAUUACGACUCAAUUUCAAUCGAUGAGGCUUACAUAUCAAUUUUUAAUUUGAAAGCAAAAAUAUGUGAAUCCAAGCAAUUGUUCAGGGGCACUGAUUUUGAUCUCAGAGUUACUGACCCUCUUACUAGCGAAGAUUUUACUGAUGAAGCAUUGUUGAUUCCGGAACGUACCUCUGUAUUAAUUCGUCGAGUUCCUAGACCUUGCAAACCCAUUGUUAUCAAAAAGGUUAUUGAACCAGAAGGGCCAAAGAUGGAAAAUAAAUCUGAGGAUGCUCCAUCAGUAAAGAGUAACUUUGUGGGGACUGAUUCAUCUGUCAUAAGAUGUCCUGACAAUUCAGAAUGGUAUGAUUUUGGAGAUGACUUAUAUACUAUUCCUGAGGUCCAGCCAGUUCCACUUGUUCAGUGCAGCAACCCAAUUCAGGAUGCUCCCCCUCUUCCGCUUGUUCAGUGCAGCAACCCAAUUCAGGAUGCUCCCUCUCUUCCGCUUGUUCAGUGCAACAACCCUUUUCAGGAUGCUCCCCCUCUUAGUGAUGCUGAUGAGGACAAAAAGAUCAAGGCUUUAGUUGAUACUCCUGCCUUGGAUUGGCAGCAUCAAGCUUCCAAUGGCUUUGGUCCUGGCAGGGGUUUUGGACGGGAUAUGGGCAGAAGAAUGAGGGGUGGACAUAGUUCUGGAGUGUUGGAGCUGAAAACACCUCCUCAAGGCUACAUAUGUCACAGAUGCAAGGAGCCUGGGCAUUUUAUUCAGCACUGCCCUACCAAUGGUGAUCCUAAUUUUGAUAUCAAAAGAGUGAGACCUCCUACUGGUAUUCCAAGGUCUAUGUUAAUGGAAACCCCAGAUGGUUCAUAUGCAUUACCAAGUGGUGCUGUUGCUGUUUUGAAGCCAAAUGAGGUUAUUUUUGAAAAAGAAAUUGAGGGGCUGCCUUCCUCUCGUUCUAUUGUCAAUCUUCCACCAGAACUUCACUGUCCACUGUGCAAAGAAGUAAUGAAAGAUGCUGCGUUGACGAGCAAGUGUUGCUUCAAAAGCUUUUGUGAUAAAUGUAUAAGAGAUCGCAUCAUUUCCAAAUCAACGUGUGUCUGUGGGACCACAAAUAUACUUGCAGAUGAUCUUUUGCCCAAUAAAACACUCAGGGUUACUAUCAACCGUUAUUUGGAAUCCAAUAACAGCAGUACAGAAAAUUCUGGCAGUGCUCGAGGUUGUAUUUCAGAUAUGAAGCCUGCAUUCUGUCCACAGCCUAAGAUUCCGUCCCCUGUGCUGUCGGCCUCAAAGGCAGAGAAAGUGUCACCGACUCAAAAUGAGGAAACUCCAAAUAUUAAGGAAACUGCAGAGAAGAGCACAACUGUUAGUGUACUGCAGCAAAUUUUGGAGGAAGGGAGGGCUGUAAGAGUCACAGAUGUUUCUAAAGCCAUGCCUGAGUCUAUUACUGCGAGGGAAUCAGGAUCAAAGGGGAGCACCCCAUCGGCUGACGGGGAAGUGCAUCAGAAGCCAGUUUCCGGUGAGGCAGGGAAUAAAAAGAAAAAGAAGAAAACUUGCUUACCUUUUAAUGCUGCGGAGAUGCAGUGGGGAACCUCUCAAGAUCUUGCUGUUGAGAACUAUAUGAUGUUUGACCAUUCCGCCUAUUAUAAUCCAUACUGGACUGGCAUGCAAGCUGGAAUGGAAGGCUGUGUUGCCCCUUGCACUUUUGAUUCUAUGGGCUAUGGGUUUAAUCCUUUCGACGUUCCAUUCUGGGGUGUCUUACCUCCAGAUUCAUUUGGAGCACAUGGUUAUAUGUUGCCUCUUGUCCCACCUCAAAGGGAUCCGUCCAGAGAUCGGGAAUUCAAUAGGGAAGUGAGCAGCCAUCCUGAUGUUCCCUCAUUGAAAUCAAAACCUAGCACUAUCUCACAAACAACUGGAGCUGAUCAUUAUAGCCGCUGCCGUAACACCCCGCUAGGAAGUGCGAGACCACCUCCAUCGGCAACGCCACCCAAAUCAAGUGCCAAAAUAGGAAGAGCAGACCACCGAAAGCAACAGACGGUUAGGGUCUUCUCCAACAUCAGCUUUGCAAAGGAAGAAGCUUUGAUCUCCAAGAAACGAAAGCUCUUGUCGGACCAUCACAGGGCAACUAAAAAUGUCAUCUGUCACGAAGAUCGUCAUCAUCAUCACAGGAAGAGUGGUGAUUUUGGUGCUGUAGAUUAUGGUUCGAGUAGUGAUGAUGACCGGCAUUUCAAGAGAAGACGCUCGUGGAGGGAGUAAAAAUGAUAGGAGAAGAGAUUGAUGCCAUUGGAGGUUGAUAUAGAAAACACACACAUUUAGAAUACGUACAAUAUCACUUCACUCUCUCUGUAUUCAAAUUUCAAGUUCUAUUGUUUAUGAAAUGCCCCGUGAUAGUAGGGGAGAGAACCUUUGUUAGCCGAAGUGUAUCUAAUAAUA